AUAGUAUAGUAUAGAUAUAAAAGAUCUUUCACAAUGUCCAAUAAACGUCCUCAUGGUGGUAACAAAGAUGCCAACAAGAAUAAACGAUCAAAGGUAAAUCAUCAACACCAAAAGGCACAAUUCAUUAACCAUCUGCUUGGCUUGUAAAACACCAAGUAAAAAAGAAUCACAUUUCUUUGCAACCCGGAAUGACUGGUGUAAUGGUCACUUGUACCCGUGGCAAAGAGCCUGCUGCCGUCAAGGAAAUCACAGACGUCUUUUAUCAAUAUGCCGAAACAUUAUAUCCUGAGGCUGAAGAUGAUGAAGAAGAAGUCGACGAAGAUGAAGAUAUCGAGGCUACUAUUGCAAGAGAAGUCGCUGCUCUCAAGAAACAAUCCAGUGCAGGAGGAAAAAAGAAGUUUUCCAAUAUUGCUACCGGAACUACUUGCUUGGCAUUUAUCAAGACAGCUCCUCCAGUCGAUCCAUGUGCUUUUGUACACCAGAUCUUGACAGACAUGAACACAACUCAGGUCAAAAAGACUCGCUAUAUUUCCCGUCUCUUGCCAGUCCAAAACACAUGCAAGUCAAGCCUAGAGUCAAUUGAACAGCUCGCUAAAGAGCUGGUUGCUCCCAAAUUUAAUGUUCCAAACGCUAAUGGUGAGAUUAAACCACGUACGUUUGCUGUAAUGGCCAGAAUUCGUAAUUGCACAAAAUUGGAUCGAAUGGAAGUCACCAUGAAACUUGCUGGAAUUGUCGGACAACCUCAUGUGGUUGAUCUCACUAACCCAGAAUUGAUGAUUAUUGUUGAAGUGAUUCAGAAUGUGUGCAUGAUGUCAAUUGUCGAGGAUUUCUACAAGUUGAAAAAAUACAACAUUGAAAGCUUGUUGGGUGUGAAUGAUGCUGGUGUACCAAAACCGAUCAAAGCAAAAGUAAAAGCAAAAGAAGGCGAUAAAGAAGAAAAGGAAAAACCCGAAGAAACGGAAUCAAAAGUAGAGACCGAAAAGGAAACAAAUGAGAAUGAUGAAGAAAAGAAGAAGAGUAAUGAGGAAUCAAAUUAAACUAAUAAUAAUUAUUUAUUUAUGCACAAAUAUUACUUGUUUACCAAAGAGGGGUUUUUUUUUAAUAAAAAAGACGUAUAUGAAAUAAC